GGGUGUAACAGACAGAAAAGUGGGAGAGAGAUGAGAAUGCAAACGAGAAAGUGGUUCUGGUUUGAGAAAGAUUGUCUGAUUUAAGAACUCGGUGCCUGAGUGAGCACUGAAUUUCUGUGCCCGUCUCUCUCCCCCUCUCAGUUUCCAGAAUUAAAUGCAGGAGGACAAACUAGAAAAGGACUAUAAACAAGACUUCAACUUUGAAAACAAAGCAAGAGAGAACAGAAGAAACUCUGAUAUGGCAAGGAGACAGAGGCCGAAGCAGAAUACCAUCAGGGGCACCCUUGAUUGGAGCUUUCCACAACCAUGUUCCUUUAACCUCAGUAAAUACCAUGGAGGACCACAGUGAGAGCUAAAGUUUCUUUCUGAUCUGGGUGAAUUGACAGUGUUUGGUCAACAACACAACAACUGAGUCUCAGCCAAAGUGGGGAGAAGCAGGAGAAUAAAGGAAUAAGAGAUGAGGGAAUCACAAUGCCGGGUCCUGUGCACAGCCAGGAAGUGUGGCCUUCUCAAAUGGUUUAGUUUAAAGGUGUGCAAGAGGAGUACUUUCCUCUUUGCUGUCUUAUGGUUCGGCUCCUGGCUGCUCCUUAAUGGCCUGUUGCUUGUACACAGGAAUAUGUUCUCAGAUGUCUGCACAGAUGACAAGAGCCGAAGCAUACUCCAGCGAGUGUGUGAGGAGUACCAGCAAGGUGUUCUAACUGGUGACCUGUGUGAAGACCUGUGUAUUGGUGGUAAUGUUGAAUACAAGCGCUGUCUCUACUAUGAGAAUGGCAAAAAGGUGAUGGUGGCUGACUGGCGUGGCAUACCAGUGGUGCUCAAAUCUAAACUGGAAAACUUCUCUUCUUAUGAGCCCUUUGGCUUCCUGGACUACCUAGACACACCAGGUAACACCGGGGUUCAAGAAGAGCUCACACCCUUGGACGUGGUCCUUUAUGCCACCCUUGAGAUAAAGAACUCUCUGGGGCUGGAGAUUAACGUCAACAUGUCACUGCCUCAGCUAUGGGGACAGCAUGUGAGGGAACAGGGAUGGGUUUACAGCCAGGCAGAGCUGGCAUCCCUCUGGGCACUGCUUCAGCAGGAGGAGUACACCUUCCUCAGGGUGCUUCAGGACCUUAGCCACCAUGUAGCCAAGGUGGUGGGCUCAUGUGGACAUUUUUAUGCUGUGGAGUAUCUUGUGGCCGGACAUGCCUGGGAUCAAAAUAUCUUCUCUGUAGACGAUUCCUCUGGCUUGGAUCAAACCUCUUGGAAUGGGUAUAGAAAACCAGGGGUAGACAGGGACAGGAUACAUCGCAUUGCACUUAGCUUCUUAGACAUGGUUGAACAUUUUGAGGAGGACUUUUCCCACCAUCUUCACCUUUGUGACAUCAAGCCUGAAAACUUUGCCAUCAGGAAAGAUCUUACAGUGGUGGCUAUAGAUGUGGACAUGGCUUUCUUUGAGCCAAAAAUGCAGGAUAUAUUAGAGCAGAACUGCACCAGUGACAGAGACUGUAACUUCUUUGACUGUGUCUCCAAGUGUGACACACACAAAAGAAAAUGUGACUCAAAACGCAAAAACAGCAACCUGCAGGUGAUCUGUGAGAAGAUCUUCAGACCUUGGUUUUCUCCCACGGUCCUCGGUUCCAAGGCAGGACUCCCACUGCAGGUGGAACUACAGAGUGCAGUGCAGGAGUGUGCUGAGACUGAAGGAGGCCUGGACAUAGAGUAUGGACGAGCCAUUAGGCAACGCCUCUCCAGACUGCUAACACACCUCCUGCAGGAAAGUGCUGCCAACAAGCAGGCACAGGAACACAUAAGAUCAGGAUACCCUCACACUGCAUUAAACUUCUAAGUUUUCAAAUGGGGUUCUGACAUCAUAGAGACAGCUUUAGUUUCUGCAGUUGGAACAAAUGGCAGUUAUCCAUGCCAAUCUACUCUACUUACAUGGAGUUGUUAAAUGAUAUCCUAAUAGGAUGCAAUGGAAUAGUUUAGUCCAUGGCAAUUCUCAUUCUUAACACAUUUUAGCAAAUAAUUAUUAAUACAGUUUUCACUGACAAUGCACUAUAAAAUACAAAAUAAACAUUUUUUUCAAACAUAAACAGGAAAGGUAUUACACUUGUUGUCCUUAAGGUUAGAGGGGUGAACUUAACACAGAGUCAAAGAACAGGUUAACUGUUCGAAAAUGAAUUACUCAAAUAUUAAUAUCCCUAUUCGGUUAUCCAAUGCAUGGAAUCAUGGGAAGCAAUCAGAAAAAAAAAGUCACGUGACUGUCGAAAAAAAAAAAGUCGGGUGUGGAAAUAUUUUGAAUGCAGACUUUGUAACAUAAAACUUAAGGAAAUUCUACAUGUUUAAUAUUAAAUAGUUUAAAACGCAAACAUUCGGUCUAGAAUAAAGCUCUUGCAAUGUUCUUUAACCCAGUAUGCUACGCAGAGUUUUGUCAAAGGUGGGGGUUUUCUAUAGUUGAUGAGUAUGUGAAGCCAGAUUAUAAAGUUCCCUCCUGUAAAACCAUAACCUCAAGACUGGAGAUUCUUUAUGAAGAAGCUGCUGUCUCAAAGGUAAUGUUGCAAUUAUUAUUUGUUUCAGAGAUGUGCACAGCCGAUUGCUAUUGUAAACACAAUAAACAGUGCAUCUGUUUUGCACUUUCUUUGUUCUGUUUUAUGUAACAUAUUUGUGCGUAGUGCAGAGAAAGAAAAGGGAGACUGACUUUAGUCUACAGUCUAAUGAAGGCUAAAACAGUCUGAUAUCAAUGCAGACUCAUCACUACUGGAAAGACAAAAAGCCAUAGAUAGCUUUAACUCCUUCCUUUAAAUAGUUCCUUCCAUUGCAUCCUCAAAGACAAAAGUUAGCUCAAUAAAGUAGGUAAUGCACUCACCCUCAGGAUAUGCCGUGUCUGGUUUCAAAAGAAUCACAAGUUGCCUUCUGAUAUCCACCAGUCCUGUGCUUUGCCCCAUCUUCCUGUAUUGCUUGUAUUUGCCUCAUGUUCACAUUUCUAUCCCUCUUGCACAAAAGAGAUUCUACUGUCCCCGUUACAAACUGUAAAAGAGUUAAACUCUCUUGUUCUCAAGCAAACAUAAUUGUGCAGCAACCCUGAGUAGCUACAGUACAUACACACCAUAGCCAGCCUGGUCAGUUUAUUACCGGACUGAAUACUUUGUGGAGUAGGAAGAAUAUAAUAAAUGACUCCUACAAUUAAUUUAAUGCAGUUCACAUCCAUGGCCCAUAGUUCUAUCCAGCUGAUCUUCCUCCUCUCAAUAACACUUUGCUUGAUACCACUGCUGAUUGUUUAGCUUCCUCUUCUUCUUUACAACCAAAUUUGGUUACUUUCUGUUUCUUCUCAUGUGCUGUAACUUCACCCCAAGCUCUCCCCCUCUGCACCUGCCCAACAAUAUUCCUAUGAGCAUGCCUGACUGCUUCCUAUUGAUUCCACUUCUUCCCUGUGGACUGGGACAGUGUUCUUGAUGACUGGAUUCAUUAAUAUAAUAAAAUGUGUUUGAUCAACUGAGCAAUAUAAUUGUCUGCUGACAUCACUGCUGCUACUGUCCUAUAAGUAAGGGAUAAUGGACGACACGGUGUUCGGUUCACACAGAAAUAAAUGCACAUUUGAGGUGGUAAAAUGGCCCCGACGCGCCAGCGGAGGGCCAUUACACCUCGUAAGUGAACCCAACACUGUGGAGUCCAUUAUCCUGCUUAUACCACUGUUGCCACUUGCGUUAUGUUCAUUAUUGUUAUAAUUUAAAUGUUUUCAUCACUAAAACUGUCUUGUUUGUAGAACUACAUCUUACUCAUUUCUCAACUUGCAUGACAAACUGCCUUUAUUAAUUUUAAAUGGAUGGUUGCUAUGGCCAAAGGCCAGUCGUUAGUUCCAUCUCUCCUGUUGUCAAGCGGGCAUAUCCCAGGAUUAUGAUGAAUCUCAGCUUUGAAACAUCGCUAAUAUAGGCUACUUAGCCUACUGCCAUGCAACUAGCCAAAAGCCACCUCCGUCAUAUGCUACAAUGUUGCUAUGUUCUAAAUGUCUGUAUUUUACAACUCUGAUGCAACGUGACAGUUCAUUUAAACUUCACAACGAGUUUGGCAAAUUGAUAUACAAUAUAUAGCCUAUAAGUGUGAUACAGCCAAAAAUACUGGAGCUACUUCACACUUCACAGGUGUGCAAAUUACCUACGGUUAUUUCACGUUUUAAAGAAUGCAUGACAAUGGGAAAUUCAACCAAGCAGUGGUAUCACAUUUUGAUAAUGGUCACUAUGUAUUGAGAAUGAAAACUCACAACCUGUAACCAAGACAUAACAUUCUGUAAACGAGAACACUGUCAUUUAUGUCAAGAUCUUAUAAAAGUGUUUUACAAGCAUAAUUCAAAUGCAACCCAAUGGUUUAAAAACUGUGUCAUUAAUAUCAAACAGGUUUGAUACAUGCAAUUCACGAAUGGGCAAUCUCAGAACCAUUCAAAGACCGCGGUGAGGUGACAACUACAGCUGGCACCUCCAAUACAACCAAACAAAGGAGACAGACAUAAAACAUGUAGACAAAAUACAAGUGACAUCAAUCCAUAGUUCCACAGGCUCAGUGGCUAUUAAAAAGCAAGUCUGAAAAGAUGGGUUUUUAGCAGCGAUUUAUAAACAGUCACAGAUUUUGCUGAUUUGAGGUCCUGUGGUAGACUGUUCCAGAGGCGUGGUGCAUGAAUACUGAAAGCACGGUCACCUUUCUGUGUGCAGGAACGGGGAGUGCCCAGGUGAGCGUGGAAUGCAAAUCUUAGUGGUCGUAAUGGAGUGUAAACUGCCCAUUUAAUGAUUUAAAAACAGUCAAUGCCACUUUAAACUGGAUUCUAAAUUUAACAGAAAGCCAAUGCAAGGCCACCAGUACUGGAGUGAUAUGUUCUUGUUUCAUUUUCCCAGUAAGAAGUCUAGCAGCUGCAUUUUGUACUAACUGUAAUCUUGAUGAUGUGUGAUGAGUGAUGAUUAAUUGAUUCUAGUAUAAGGGCAUUGCAAUAGUCCAGUCUGGAAGUAAUAAAAGCAUGUAUGACUUUCUCAAGAUCCGCUGCAGUUAAAAAUGAUUUUUGGCUCUCUUAAGGCUUUAUAGCCCAAAACUUCACCCGCCACUUGACAGGAAUUUCCCUACAGGCACCUACAUUGUUUAGUUUCAUAAAGGAAAGUUAAGUCAAGCCAACCUGCUCUCACAGAAAUCCGUGAAAUGUCCACGGGCCCGUAACUCAAAAUCCGUGUAAACAUCACGGAAUCACCCAAACUUCUGUGAUACGACCACGGAUAUAACUCCAACGCAAGUCAAUGACACUAAUCUUCCGUGGUCCACACACGGAUGCCCGUUUCAAUGACAGAGUAGGCUACAGAUUUCAUUCCGUGAUGUGACCACGGAUAUAACUCACUCAUUUUCUGUGAUCCACAGAUCCCGUUUCAACAACCGCAUGCAAUGUUCACUCAAUGGACGUUGUUUUCUCAUUUGGAAAACGUAACUGUUUAAUUAUUCGGGUCGAUUUUUUUUCACCAUAGGCCUACACCUAAGUGAUGUUAACCUGACAGUUACAGCAUUGUCCUGUCGUUAUAAUAAUUCAUUUUGAUGAUCCCAUAGCCUAGCCUUCUUUUGCUUAGCAGCUAACCGAAAUUCUGUGACGGGACCACAGAGCCAUCCGUGGUCGACACACGGAUUGUUUCACCCCGUCUCAUUUACUGGACGUUGAUAAAUGUUGUUUGUUCAUUUAGAAACUCUUCAAGUCGACUGUGUUUGCAAUAGCAAUGUAAUUAACCUGACAUUUUGUCUUGUCCUGUUGUCAUACAAUUGAAGUCUUACGCAGCUUUUCUGCUUGGCCCCCAAUAAUAAUCCUUGCAGAAACAAAAGUGCUUUCGCACUAUCCGGUGCUCGGGCCCUAAUAAAUAAUCCUACAGAAACAAUAGGGCUUUUGCACCAUCCGAUGCUUAAUAGCAAAACAUAUCUAUAGGCUUACCUACAACUGGAAUAAGAUUGGCAAAAGGCCCUGGAAAAACUUUGGAGAAACUUCAGGGAAUAUAUUAAAUUGAAACCUUUUUUUUUUUUUUAAAAACACUUUGAUGAUUCACAUAAAAAAUGGGAAUUAUGGGGAGGCUUCUUGACUGCUACACAUCAACACAGUUCAGGUUCAGAGUUCAAGUAAAUACUGUCAAUAAAGACUAAAGGGGAAGAAAAUUCCAUUUGCUGGAGCACGACACAACAUGCCUUGCACACAGGAAUGUGUGUCUGCCCUGAAGCAGUGAUCAUGUAGUCAGAGUAUUCCUGCACAAUCCACAGUUUAAAGAAAAUGUCCUCCACACCUGUAUACCUAUCUCUGUCAUAAUAUCCAAUAAUAGCAGUGGUUGUAGUAGGUAAAGUACAAUAAAUACA